UGGCGUCCUCCUGCGCACGAGAGGCAACGUGAUAGCUUCUUAAAAUGAUCAACUUUUGGUUUACUUGGAAAACCAACAUCAGUAUCAUCUAAUUUCUACAGAUCAUAGUUAAAAGAGUAUUUGGUGAUCAGCAGAAAAAUGGCUUCAUUUAAACCUACCAAAAUCCAAGUCUAUCCUAAACUUGGAGAGAAAGUCACACAGGACACACUCUACUGGAAAAACUACAAGGCUCCGCUCCACAUAAAAGAAUUCGGAGCAAUCACAAAUAUAGACUUCUCCCCCGUGGCCCCACACAACUUUGCUGUGACAGCAUUCACAAGGAUCCACAUUUACGGGCCAUUCUCCCAGGAGCCUGUGACGUCAUUUACACGUUUUAAGGACACUGCAUACUGUGGCAGGUUCAGGUCAGACGGUCAGCUGCUCGUGGCGGGAUGUGAGGACUCUGUGGUCCGGCUGUUCGAUGUCAGCGGCAAGGUGGCUCUCAGAAUGUUCAAAGGGCACACAAAGGCUGUACAUGUGACAGACUUUAUCUCAGACCGUUACCAGAUCCUCACAGGGUCAGACGACUACACGUGUCGACUUUGGGACCUCCCAAAUGCCACUGAGCUCAACUCCUACCAAGAACACACAGAUUACAUUCGCUGUGGCGUUGCCAGCAAACUCAACAGAGAUCUCUUCAUCACUGGUGAGAUAGAGGGCAAUAUGAUCCAUCGACUGAAUUUCCUGAUGAUCUCAAGUGUUCUGACAACCCAUAAACAAUUUUGCACUUGUUUUUCGCCACUGCUGAUAUUACAUUUACCAUCAUUAGCAUGUAGUGUGUAUAUACCUCAAAUAAUUAAUUUGCAAUGUCAGUGGAACCUGCAAAAAAAAAAAUGUAUGGAUUUGGAUACAGCUCUGGAGACAUGGACCAGACACCGAAAGCCAGAGAUCACAGUGGCUGUUAUGAAGGAGCUGGAUCGAAGGGGGACGUUGAAGAACGCUCUGGCAGGAAGGGAUGAACAAGCCCUCGCUCGGUUGCUAAACUUUCUCAUAGGGAACGUGGUUGACCCCAGGUUUGCUCCUGUCCUGGUCACAGCGGCAGAGAUGAUCCUGGACAUCUAUCGGUCGGUUAUCGGACAGUCUCCAGUCGUGGACCGACAGCUGCUGCGUCUGCAGGAGCUGCUGGAGAAAGAGAUCGACUACCAGCAGGACCUCCUGGAGGUGAUGGGCAUGUUGGACACGAUGUUCGCCUCCUCCUUUCCCAGGAUGGAGGUUCCGUGCCCUGGCAUCAGCAGGGCUAAUGGCCUGGCCGGGGGGGACGGGAUUACCUCGAGACCACAGAUUCAGGCUACCUGAGACUAGGAGGGCAGGGGGAGCUUCUUAAGACUGGGUUAGAGUGCCUUCACAACUCCAAAAACUUCUUUUUGAAACAUCUGACACACAUUUCCAGACAUGACAGACCACAUGUCAGCAAACUGGUAUUGAUAGGUUUUUAAGAGAAUGACAAACCCAUGAGCUCCCUGGCGUUUUAACUCGGCGUGACUGAAAACGCAGCAGGGAACAUGAGAACACAGAGAGAACAUGCAUUUACUGCUUGAAGUAUCUAUCUAUGGGUGAAUGGGAACGGACUUGAUUUUUUUGUUUGGAAGUCUGGAAAUAACACUUUCAAAUGUAAAUCUGUCUGGAUGCGUGCUUGUGUGUUUUGAAUGAUUGAACUGUUAAUGUCUGCUUUCUGUUUUCAUAAUAUUUGGCAGUGGCAAAUGUUUUAUAAGCAGAUGUGAAUAAAUCUUUGUAAUAUUGGAA